UUCCGAGGCCGUUCUGUAUUCAUUGCGUCUUUAAGGCCGUCUACAUUUGCCUCAUCCAUCUGGAAUUUGUCUCUAAUCUCAUGCAUAGACCUUACUUACAUCUACAUUAUCCCGCUCACGUCUUCGUUCUACUCGACCCACUCACGCGCUCCCGGCUUGCUCGUGCACUUCCUACUUACUCACGCGCUUCCAGUCCGGUCUGACCACGUACUGCCCAAACCCGAUCUACAUACUGCAUCUGUUCCUAUCUCACCAUUAUAA